AUGGCCGUGUCCACCCUGUCCGUCUGCUCCAGCAACCCGAGCUGCGGCAGCUGCGUCUGCCUGCCCGGCUCCUGGGACUCCUGCCCCGACUCCUCCUGGCAGGUGGACGACUGCCCAGAGAGCUGCUGCGAGCCCCCUUUUUGUGCCCCACCCUGCUGCACCCCCAGCUGUUGCCAGUCCAGCGGCUGCACCCCGGCCUCCUGCCUGACCCUCAUCUGCACCCCCGUGAGCUGCGGGUCCAGCCCCUGCCAAUCAGCCUGCACCAGCUCCUGCCGGCCCUCCUGCUGCAGCUCCUCCCCCUGCCAGGAGGCCUGCGGCGCGUCCGUCUGCUGCAAGCCCGUCUGCUGCACCCCUGCCUGCUGCAAGCCGCUCUGCUGCACCCCUGUCUGCUGCAAGCCCGUCUGCUGCACCCCUGUCUGCUGCAAGCCGCUCUGCUGCACCCCUGUCUGCUGCAAGCCCGUCUGCUGCACCCCUGCCUGCUGCAAGCCGCUCUGCUGCACCCCUGUCUGCUGCAAGCCCGUCUGCUGCACCCCUGUCUGCUGCAAGCCCAUCUGCUGCACCCCUGCCUGCUGCAAGCCCGUCUGCUGCACCCCUGCCUGCUGCAAACCCGUCUCCUGCACCCCUGUCUGCUGCCAGGCCUCCCCCUGCUCGGCCUCCUCAUGCUGCCAACAGUCUAGCUGCCAGCCCUCCUGCUGCAGCUCCUCCCCCUGCCAGGAAGCCUGUGGCGAGUCCGUCUGCUGCAAGCCCCUCUGCUGCACCCCUGUCUGCUGCGAGGCCUCCCCCUACUCACCCCCCUCCUGCUGCCGGCCCAGCCCCUGCUCCUCGUCCUGCUGCAGACCCUCCUCCUGCGUGUCCCUGCUCUGCCGGCCCGUGUGCAGGCCCGCCUGCUGCGUGCCCGCCUCCUCCUGCCACCCCAGCUGCUGCCGCCGGGCCUCCUGCGUGUCCCUGCUCUGCCGGCCCGUGGGCCCCCGCCAGGCCUGCUGUGUGCCCACCUCAGCCCAGAAGUCCUGCUGCUGA